CCCAGCCCAUAAAUUAGAAAACCAAAACUGAAAAUCCUACCCAAAAAGCCUUCAGCUCUCUCCCUUUCGAUGGUUUGCAAACCAAGGGCGAGGGGUUUGUUGUAUUGUAUGCAUAAUCUCUUUCCCUAACCAAAAACAAGAACAAAAAAAAAACACAAAAAAGAAAGAGAACCCAUUAAACCUUCCAAUCUAUCUAUCCCUAUCUCCCUCUCUCUCUUUUGGUCGAUCCAACUUCCCACGUUGUUUCUGACAACCUUUUUUCUGUCAGAACAUUCCAAAUCUGCUUCAUUGGGUGUCUUGGUAAUCUGGAUAAAGCUGUCAUUUUGAGCUCUCAUGGUAAUUGAAUUUUCAUAAGACAAAAGGGUUGCUGCAAUUCCUCAUAACAUAAGCAACACAAAGGUGUUUGCAUACCGAUCAGAUUGUUCGAUGCUUUUGCUUCCCUAGAGAUUAAUGUCCUUAUUCGUGGAUGAGUGUUUGAUUUGUGGAACCUGUUAUUUGCAUUUUGAAAUUGUAGGGAAAAUAGUGGAAAGACUAGGAUUAGAUCAUGUCCACAGCAUAUACUCGAUCAAUCAUUUACUUGCCGGAUCAUUUGGUUGAGAAUAUGUGAGGUAUGGUAUCAGCUACACUAAUGAAGAUUAUGGCAUCGUGUUGGAGACCUUCUGUUGAAGGUGAAAAUUCUAAUAGAGCUGGGGAUGCGAGUGGUCGAGUUAAUGGUUUAUUGUGGUAUAAAGAUUUGGGAAACCAUGUUAAUGGUGAAUUCUCGAUGGCAGUAAUUCAAGCAAACAAUUUGUUGGAAGACCAUAGCCAACUUGAAUCCGGACCGUUGAGCUUGCUCGAAUCAGGUCCCCAUGGAACAUUUGUUGGAGUUUAUGAUGGACAUGGAGGUCCAGAAGCAGCCCGAUUUGUAAAUGAUCACCUGUUCAAGAAUCUCAAGAAAUUCACAUCAGAGAUUCAGGGAAUGUCAGCUGAUGUUAUCACCAAAGCAUUCUUGGCAACUGAAGAGGAAUUUCUAUCUUUAGUAAGGAAGCAGUGGCUGAUUAAGCCACUGCUUGCUUCGGUUGGUGCAUGUUGUUUGGUAGGCAUAGUAUGUCGUGGACUGCUAUACAUAGCAAAUGCGGGAGAUUCUCGGGCGGUGUUAGGAAGACUGGAAAAGACCGUCAAACAGGUAAAAGCUGUUCAGUUAUCAGUUGAGCACAAUGCAAGUAUAGAAUCUGUGAGAGAGGAACUGCACUCGUUGCAUCCCGAUGAUCCUCGGAUUGUGGUAAUGAAGCACAAGGUGUGGCGCGUGAAGGGUCUGAUACAGAUUUCAAGGUCCAUUGGUGAUGCCUACCUGAAAAGGUCGGAAUUUAACAAAGAACCUCUGUUGGCAAAGUUUAGACUAUCAGAACCCUUCCACAAGCCGAUCCUUAAAGCUGAGCCAACAAUAUUGGUGCAAAAACUCUACCCCGAAGAUCAGUUUCUCAUAUUUGCAUCGGAUGGCCUAUGGGAGCAGCUGAGCAAUCAGGAGGCAGUUGACAUUGUUCAGAACUAUCCACGUAAUGGAAUUGCAAGGAGACUUGUCAAAGCUGCACUUCGUGAAGCAGCAAAGAAGAGAGAAAUGAGAUACUCAGACUUGAAAAAGAUCGACCGAGGGGUGAGGAGACAUUUUCACGACGAUAUUACAGUAAUAGUUCUGUUCCUAGAUACACAUCUGGUCAGUCGUAGCCACUCACACGGGCAUCUGCUUUCAAUUAAGGGAGGUAGCGGCGUCCCCGCCAACACCUAGAUUAGGAGGUUCUAGUCAUCUCUCACGCAAACCCCCUGUUUUCUUCAUUUGUACUGAGAAAUGAGCUGUUUGUUUUCUUUACAAAGAGGAGAGGUUAAAGGCAGAUUUUUGGGUUUUUUUUUUUUUUUCCUUCUUGGUUUUCUUUUUCUUCCUCUACUGAUGUAUAGCCAUAUGCUUCCUAAAUUCUUUUAUUUCUUAAAUUUGCAUAAUGCCACAACAGAUUUCAGUAUA